AUGGAUAAAAUCGGCUUGAGGAAUUCAGACGUUGGAAUGAUUUCGCUGUCCACCCGCUGGCUACUUUCGCUGAACCUCGUCAAUGGAGUCAUGGGUGUCAGCGCCCUCGUAUUACCCUCUUGUUUCCAUCAGUGCGGCAUUUUGCUCGGAUGCGUGUUGUUGUUGAUCACGAACUUUUUCACGAAGCUGUCGUGCAGUUUCCUUAUGCUUGCGGCUGGUUUGACCCAUCGUGAUACGUACGAUGGCCUUGGCAUGAAGGCUUACGGGCAGGUUGGCAAGGGUUGCGUCGAAGUUGUGACAGCAUUGUACGUUUUCGGUAACCUGAUCGCAUUUUUCGUCGUCGUCGCUGACAUUACACCCAGUCUCCUGAAAGUUUUCAUCGAUACGGACCUGGUACUAGGUCCACUUUCCGUCACCGCUGUCGCCGCGUUCGCAAUGCUUCCGUUAAGCUUGUCACGAAGCGUUCGUACUGUUUGUAAGUUCAGCCUUGCGGCUAUGGUCUGCUACCUGAUGCUCGUCCUACGUCUCCUUGUUCUAUGCAAAAACUGCUUAUUGGUCGAGCAAACGUUCGAAGAGGUAAAUUAUUAA